AUGGCCUCGCUUCUUCCUAGAAAGUCUGCCAAAUCACUGGGCUUGAACGAGUCAGCAAUCAUCAAGUUGGUGGAUGAACUUGAGCGGAAUGGUGUCAAUUCCUAUAUCAUUGCUCACAAUGGUGAAGUUGUCAGUGAGGGAUACUGGGAUCCAUUUGUUCCAGAUCUUACUCAUCAAGUAAACUCUGUCACGAAGACCUAUGCUUCUCUGGCAAUUGGUAUUGCUGCUGAUGAGGGUCUGUUGACAAUUGACGACUAUGUACUGUCAUUUUUCCCUGAUAGACUACCAGCUGGUCCUUGUGACAACAUGAAGAAGCUCAAGAUUAGACAUUUGUUGACUAUGACUGUUGGUCAUGAUGAACAGAUUGAAAUGUACUGGACUGUUUCGAAGCUAUUGCCAGAAGACCGUAACAACGGUAAAGACUUUCUUCAACACUUCUUGACUUCAUAUAUUGCCUAUGAGCCAGGUACCAAGUUCCUUUACAACACUCCUGGAAGUUACAUGUUGGGUGCUAUUUUGAAGCAAGUAACUGGUAAGACACUUGUUGAGUACCUUCAACCUCGUUUGUUUGAGCCACUUGGCAUGAAGAACAUUUACGCCGAGACUGAUGCCAACGGAUUAAAUGCCAGUGGAUGGGGUUUCCAAUUGACCACUGAAGACCUUGCCAAGCUUGGUUUACUUUUACUCAACAAGGGUAAAUGGAAUGGAAAGCAGCUUGUUUCAGAAAAGUACAUUGAACAGGCCACUUCGAAGCAAACUGAGACUAACUUGUCCCCUCCUAGCCAAUGGGGUGUUGGAUAUGGAUUCCAAUUGUGGAGAUGCAAUGACGGUAAGAGUUUCAGAGCCGACGGAUUGUACGGUCAGUUCUCAGUCGUGACUCCUCACCUCAACAGCGUUGUAGCAGUUACCAGUGCUAGUGAUAAUACUGGUGCCAUUCUCGAUGCUAUUCUUAGUUCUGUCAACGAACUGUUUGGCGAGAAGUCGAAGGGAAGUCUCGGUGUUGACAAGCUUCAAGUUUCCUCCCUUGAAGAGAAAAACAAGAGUUUGCAGAUCAAGCUAACCAAAGGCCAGCCUCUGUCGAGCUACUCGAUUCAAUCUAAGGAGAAAUACAGACUGGCUAAUAAUCCACUUGGCUUAAGCUCCUUCACUCUUGACCUGGCUGCCAGUAAGCUCAUUGUGGGACGCAAGGGCAAAGAAGCUGUAAUCACCAUCGGCGAAGGCAAAUGGAUUCGAAACAAGAACGGAGAGGAUCUCAUCGGACGAGCCGACUUCUUCGGUGACACUGCUGCCACUGGAGCUAUUGUUGACGGCCAGGUAUUGAUCCAAGUCGCUCAUUUGAAGACAAACUACACAGACACCUUGAAAUUCAAGACAAACGGUUACAAUCUCGUCGGCAACCUGAAGAGAGUUGCCUGGGUAAGCCCUGUCGACUUCGAACUGAUUGGUGUUAGAAUUGAUUAG